AUGCCCAUUAAAGGGAAACGAGGGAGCCAAACUCUGCCCAAGAAGGUAAGAAGAUCUCGAAGGCUCCAAGAUGCCAACGGCGACCCUGGUCCAAACCGUAUGAGCAAAAAGCAUAUCAUUAAAGAGUUGACGUCUUAUCAUUCAAAAUUGGUGGAAUGGUUAAAGAAAGAUCGAGGCUACAUCGACAAGAGUGUUGAAGAAUUAAUCAUACGGUCCCUGGACCAAGUUCGCAGCAAGAAAGCAAGACCAGUCAAACUUGACAAAAGUACACAAAAAGCGCUCCAAACACAAUUGAAUGACUUAAUGGAAUCCCACACAGAUGCUGAAGUUGGAAGGCAGGCGGAAAUUGAUACCUUGACAAAUAAUUUUCAGAGGGAGUUGAAAGAAAUGUUACAAAGGCAUUCGUUGCAGAGAAUUGCUGAGGAAAACAAGAGGGCUCGAAAGUUGAAACAGUUUGUUCUUACUCGUGCUAUAAAAGAGAAAGUGACGAGUAAUGGACAGAGAGAUGAAGCCGAGGACGCAACUGCGAUAGAUGAAGCCGAGGACGCAACUGCGAUAGAUGAAGCCGAGGACGCAAAUGCGAUAGAUGAAGCCGAGGACGCAACUGCGAUAGAUGAAGCCGAGGACGCAACUGCGAAAGAGGGCAGAGAUGUAUCCGAGUGGGACUCCUUUCUUGUCGCCAAAAAACAUGCUUCGAGUUUCUCCAAAUAUGCUGGCAACAAAAACUUGAAUGCACUCGAAUCAUUAGCCAGAUCCCAAAACGCUCCAGUAUGGGGCAGUGUCUCGACCUCUGAAAACGCCUUGAAGAAACUGGAUAGACAAGGUGUUGAUACCUUCAAUAACAACCAACCGUCAAAUGAUUCCAACCUAAAAACAAAAUCGAAGAGGCUUUUUUCGUACAGUAUUGCUGAUUUCAAUGGCAGCGACAGUGAUACUGACAACAGUAACAAUGAAUCUACAGAUAGUGAGCAAGGUGACACUGGAAGUGAUGACGAAAGUUGCAAUGAGACUCUUAGCAUCGAUGAGCUAGACACAGAAUACGAUACAAUGGAUAGUGAUGUUACUGCGCGCUAA